AUGAGUCUCCAGGCAGCGUUACAAGAGAACGAACGUCGAUUAAAGAAUGGUGAGAUUGAUAAAAAUGAAUAUAGCAUAAGUAAACAGGAGAUAUUAAAAACAUGGUUAAAUAAGUCAUCGAAAACUGAACCUUCUAAUGCUGAAAGUAAACCAAAAGAAACGAGUUUGUAUAUCGCGCUCCAGUUAGAACCCAACGCUACUGAAGCUGAAAUCAAAUCAAACUACAAGAAACUCGCCCUGAAGCACCACCCUGAUAAGAAUGGUGGCAUUGAAACCGAAGAGUGGAACAAAAUCUCAAAGGCAUAUGAAAUCCUUUCGAAUGAGGAUAAGCGUGCUAUUUAUGAUAAUUAUGGAACUAUUCAUGAUUUGGGUAAAGCAUCGUUAAAUGUCCAUGUAGGAGGAGAUUCUUGGAUUCCUUAUAUUGGCAACCUUGAAAUUGGCCUCUGGCUUGCUUCCGUAGUGGAAGAUGGGAGCUCACCCGAACUGAAAAUGAUAAAUUCGUCCGAACAAAGAGAGCGUCGUCACAUUACUCGUGUAUCUCGUAUUGCCCGUCAUCUCCAAGACAAGCUCCAUCAAUUUCCAAAUAAUGACCAUGCGGAAUUUAAAUCAUUCAAAGAAAGUCUUUCUCAAGAAGCUCAAAAACUCUCUACUGAACCUAACGGCAAGAGACUGCUAUCUCUUUUAGGCGAAAUUUACGUAUCUAGAGCCGAAGCUCAUCAAAAUAGAUUUCCUAUGGCAACCAUGUUGAAUGGAUUUAAUGGAGCCAUUAAUAGUUUUUCAUUUGCAUCUGGCUUAGUUUCUGGAUAUUUAAAGGCAAAAAGAAGACCUUCAGGAAUGAAUGAAAAAGAGACGAAUGAAGUCAUUUGGCAACUUGCAAAGUCAGAGAUUUCCUCCAUUGCCCGUGAAACCAGUGAUAAAGUCCUAAGUGAUAAGAGUUAUUUUGCUAAUAAUUUGUAUAUUUUAGGCAAAGUCUGGAAAGACGUGGGCAAAUCUUAG